AGUCCUUCAGGGUCAUACAGAGGUCCCGCCUGCGCAAAGAAGCGUGUGCCUGGGGCUAUUGGUCGCUUUAUAGGCGAAAGGUCCUCCUCGUGAAGUUCCUGGAGGACUCUUAUCAUCACACUCGAAAAGCACACUUAGAUUCAACUCGCAUUAACAUCACCAUUGCAUCGUCGCACGAAACACGAAACACGAAAUACUACCCGCUACCCAACUGACUACGAAGAAAUGUACGAUUGUGGGCUCUCCAGGUUGUUGUCAUUUGGUGUGCGUUGCCCUCCACCGUCAUCGGCCAUUAUUAACGAGAUCCAGCGAAGACAACGAAUCCCUCAGCCGACCCAAAUCGAGAUCUGCUCUCGAACGAAGGGUAGUUUGGAAACUUGGGAGGUAGCUGUCCUCUCAUGCGAUCCAAAUACAACGGAAAGCAUCAUUUCACGGCCUAUGUUGCAAGUACUGGACGUUCCAGUGCAUACAAGCGAAAAAACGGAGUGCGUUCUCGCCAACCAUCGAGGCGAAGGGGUGGAAGGAUACGUCGAUUUGACUUGGUGCUUCGGAAGCAAUACCAAACAUAUACAAGAGACCCGGUUUUGGGUGACGACCACAGAAAAUCCCGCAUACGAUGUAGUGUUGGGACGAAGGGAUGCUGAAAAGUUUGGUCUUGUGAAGCCGAGAAGACACUUCUGAGAUGUCACAUACCCCAAGUGUAUAUCGCUUCGGCUCGAAGAUGACCUUCUUCUUUCUUUCCUAUCUUGUCGCUGCAUAAAUUCUUGUAUCGAACGACAGACAUGGUUGUCCAAGAAGAGAUUCAGAUCGCUGACCUACUUUCUCUUGAACCGUAACCACAUCGAAACUCAUUUCCUAGAUAG